CUGUCACCAAUGGAGACGUUGAGUUUCGCUUGGUCCUUCCAGGCGACGGUGAGGACAACGCCGCCACCAUAUACGAAACUAUACGUACCCGCACGAUAGGUCAUACGAACCUCGCUUCGUGAAUGGCACGUACUGCAUGUCACCCCUAUGCAUGGUCAAUUUCAUGGGAGGGAUUUCAUUCUCCAUCUCAUGCCUCUCAGAAGCCAGGAGCAGAGGAGCAGAUCACGGUGAUGUGUGUGAGACAAGCUUCCCCUGGGAAGGACAUCCCUUGCGUCCCAGCGGGGUGUACACAGUGAGUGUGGUACAAAUUCACAUUCCUCGACGAGGGCGUUUUCCAAGGGCGCGAGCGUCCUCAUUGCCUCUUUUUUCUUCCCGCGCGCGAGUCGGAAAGAUUUCGAAGUUCUGUCCGGAUCUAUUGAAGGACAGGCAGGCGGGCAGACAGGCGUGCGGUGCUUGCAUUAGCUGGCUGGCUGGCUGGUCCCAGGAAAGGGAGGAAGGCAUGUGAGAAGGAAGACGAAGAAGCAGGGAAAAGAGGAAGGAAAGAGGGGUCAAUGCAGGCGCCUUGUUCUUUUUUUUUUUUGCGUUCCGAAUUCGUGUGUGAGACUCUCGCGUGCUAUUGUUGUCAUCC